AUGGCUGCUCAGGAGGCCGUCUUCGCCGUCUCGGCCCAGGCCACCCAGCUGGGGAACCGCAUCUCAGUGCACAUGCUGGACUACCUGAGCACCGUCCAAGACUUGCCCGACGGAUUUCGUGAGUUGUCGCAGACCUUUCUCGACACUUGUCGCGCCCUCUGGGCUAUUGACGCGGGCCUCACCGAUUCCACCGCCGCCAACCGCCCCCUACCCGAGGUCAUCGUGGAGGAGGUGGCGAAGAAGUUCGUCGCCGCCUAUCGCGAUUUCCAGCAUCUCGACAAGCUUGUCACCAAACUGAUCCAAUACGAACAUCGUGGCGCCCUGGGGAGGCUCCAGCGAGGGUGGCACCGCCCCAGCCACGAACUCGGCCGCAUCCGUGAGUCCCUCCAGAAGACGACCGAAACCCUUCAGAUCAGCGUCCUGGCCUUCCACUGGACUCUCGGGGAACAGCCCUUGGUGGCCGAAACGGUGGGCAUUGGGUACGCGGGGCUGGCGGCGGCACUUGACCGCAUGGCUAAAGGUCGGUCGGUGAUGGGCAUCAACAAGGCCAAGUCCCUGGAACGCGUAGCCACCCAAAUGACCUCGGUGCCUUCAUCUCCCGUGCCCUCGGUGCCUCCGAAAGAGCCACUCGUCCAACCCGCGACUGGCAUCAACAGUCCACCCCAAUCCAAUCCCGAUGAUACACUGUCCUCCGUCCUCUCCCUCGAUUCCCUCCUCCUCUCGAACCACCACGAUCGCGAUUUGCCCCCGUCGCCGCCGCUCGAGCCCUUGCCACGAUUGCCACGACCAGACAGUCCACCCCUUCGGACGAGCUCGCGGGAGUCGCGUGCCGAGACUUUGAUGGCCCCUGAGGGCGAUACAUAUGGAGAGAUCCUUACGCAGACCCGGGCGUACAAUUCGUCCCCCCGACCGCCGCAUCGCACGCCCAGCCGGACCAGCGCAGCCAGUGCCACCCAGCUACGCAGCGCUCUGGCCUCCGCCGUCCGGGGCCGUAACCACAAAUUACUGGAGCAGCUCCUGGACAGUGGCGUAUCACCCAACUUGGGAGAACAGAUUCAUCCGCUGAACGAGGCCGUGCAUCAGCGGGACUUUGAGGGGAUGCGGCUGCUCCUGCUUUUCGGGGCAAAUCCCAACGCACCUGAUCGGGAGGGUAAGACGCCAUUGCUCGUGGCGGUGGAGGAGUCCUUUGUGGAUGGCGCGACCUUGUUGUUGAAAUACCGCGCUGAUGCCAACUACGCCCCGGAGUCGGGGCUGGACUCGCCGCUGAGCCGCGCGAUCGCAAACGGCAAAAUCAGCAUGGUGCAGCAGCUGCUCGCGCAUGGAGGGAACCCGGAUAACGCGACCCCCGACGGCAGCACAGCGCUGAUCGAGCUGAUCCAUCACCGUGCGCCACCCCAGCUCGUGAGCCUGUUAUUGGAGGCUGGCUGCGACCCCAACCGCAAGGGCCGCCAGGGAAAGACAGCCCUCAAUGAAGCGGUGCAGAGCGAGCAGGUCAACAUGGUGACAGCCUUGCUGGAACAUGGGGCAAAUCCGAACUUGCCUGGCCCUGAGCAUGUCCUCUGGCUGGCCAUUUAUCGUCCUGCCUGCCUGCGGGUGUUGCUUGCUGGCGGAGCCGAUAUCAAGAAGACUCCCGGCCUCAUGGAGCAGGCUACCAGCAUCAAUAACAUCGAAGCUGUCCGCAUCCUGCUACAGGUAGGGGUCGAUCCCAACGCCAAGAAGGAUGGUAUCUACACGCCACUCUGCUCAGCCAUCCGCGACGAUCGGUCCGACAUUGUCAGCUUACUGCUGGAACAUGCGGCGAAUGUCAACGAUCGCAAUGCCCAAGGACAUACAGCCCUGACCACCGCCAUCCGGGAGAACCGGUCCGAGAUGCUGAGCUGUCUGCUCGCCCACGGGGCUGAUCCCAAUCAGCGAGGUCAAGAUUGGCCGGUGUGUAUGGCGGUGCGUUCGCCCGCUCUGCUGCAGCGUCUGCUCCCGAUGGUUCCUGAUCUGUCCGCCCACAAGGGCGUCAUGGAGAUGGCGGUCCUGGCCAACCAGCUAGAGAGCAUCAAGCUGCUGUUGGCUGCGGGGGCCAGUGUCGAGUACAAGAACGGUGGCGUCUUCUCGCCGCUGACGACCGCGCUGCGUGAGCGGUACGUGGACAUUGUGCGCUUUCUGUUGGAAGAGGGCGGCGCCGACCCCAAUGCCCCCGGUGAACAUCUUCCCCUCGUCAAAGCGGUUCGUCGUGUCAUCAACGGCGACUAUUCUAUGGUCGAACUUCUUCUUGAGAAAGGCGCCGAUCCCAACAAGACUUACCGGGAUUGGAACGCGAUCAUGCAGGCGAUCGAGUACCGGGACCUGCACUUGUUGCACCUCUUGGUUCAGAAGGGCGGCGGCGCUGAUCUCACACAGCACGAUGACGCCGGCCGGACGGUGUUGGAGAUGGCUGAUGCUUCCGGCUGGUCCGAGGCUACGCAGUUCCUCCUCGACCACGCGCGGCCGUGA